CAUGUUACAAAUAGGCGGGGUUUAUGACUUAGUGGCUGUGGUAAACUAGUAACGACCGUCAAGCGGUGACAACAUAUUAGCCUAGAUUACGUUUUACUACGUCUCAGUUCGGGGGGGAUCAGUACUUGACAAUGGCUGGGGAAAUGUCUAUGAUCGGAUCGGUCAUUCUGGCUCUUUUUCUAGCUGGCUAUCUGGGCCAACAUUAUCUGCCUCCACCGAAACCAAAAGUAAUCGGCCUAGAUCUGGGGACCACUUUCUGCUCAGUGGGAGUAUUCCACCCGGGUACCGGGGAUGUGGAGGUGAUAGGGGAUGAGGAGGGGCGGAAGAGCAUCCCUAGUGCGGUGUCGUUCACACCUACCGAAGUUUUCGCCGGUUACGAGGGUCAGGAUCUGGCCGAAAACAAUCCUCAAAACACCAUCUAUGAUGCCAAGCGGUUUAUUGGAAAGAUAUUCGAACAAGAUCUCCUUGAGCAGGAAAGUGCUCGCUAUCCAUUCAAGGUGAUAAAUAACAAUGGCAGUGCAGAGUUCUUGGUCACCACCAACCAGACGUUCACAGUUACUCCCGAGUUCAUUAGUUCUCGGCUGCUGCUGAAGAUGAGGAAGAUGGCAGAGCAUCACCUGGGUGUCCCCAUCAAGAGGGCUGUGAUCUCUGUCCCUGCUGAGUUUGAUGAUAGACAGAGGAACUACACCAUCAGGGCUGCCAACCUGGCCGGACUGGACAUCUUGCGUGUGAUCAACGAGCCCACGGCUGCAGCGAUGGCGUAUGGGUUACACAAGGUGGACGUGUUCAACGUACUGGUGGUAGACCUGGGAGGAGGAACACUGGACGUCUCUCUGCUCAAUAAACAAGGGGGCAUGUUCCUCACCAGAGCCAUGGCAGGUAACAACAAGCUGGGGGGGCAGGACUUCAGCCAGAGGCUGCUCCAGUACACCAUGGAGAGGGUUCGCCAGCAGUACGGCGUUCCCCCCACCCACAAAGAGGACAUCCACCGCCUCCGCCAGGCCGUGGAGAUUGCCAAACUCAACCUCACCCUGCAGCUCAGUGCCCACCUCAGGGUACCCCUGCACCUGGAGCCUCAAGGGGACCCCAAGAAACCACCACAGGGGCCCGCCAAGGACCCAAUCCCAGUCAUCUUCCAAGCAGUCAUCACCCGUGAGCUGUUUGAAGAGUUGAAUGACGACCUCUUUCAGAAGGUUCUGGCACCUGUAGAGACAGUGCUGGCUGAGGGCCGCCUGGGGAAAGAGGAGGUGGAUGAGAUAGUUCUGGUGGGAGGCUCCACCCGCAUCCCUAGGAUCAGGAAGCUGAUCAGUGAAUACUUUGGGAAGGAGCCCAACACCUCAGUGGACCCAGACUUGGCAGUGGUGACCGGGGUGGCCAUCCAGGCUGGCAUCCUGGGUGGCUCCUGGCCCCUACAGGUCAGCGCUAUAGAGAUCCCCAACAGACACCUCCGCAAGACCAACUUCAAUUGAUCUAGUCUAGAGAGGUGGUUAAUGACAAAGAUGCCACCAGACAGAGACUUGCCAUAUUAAAGGAUGGUCUGCAUUUUAACUGUUAAUUGUCCUUCUCCAUCUUCACCACGUGUGCAAUAGUCCUAUGAGGUUAAAAUAUGAUCUUCAGCUCUAAUAAUAGAUACUGGAAUAUAUUUUCACAGAGAAACUCAAAUUACACCAUCACUUGUUUACAGUUGGCCCAAUUUAUUGGGCCAACUGUGGUAGAUUGAAAUGGUAUUCAAUUCAGGGAACAACCUUUAUUUCUACAGAACUGUGACCAGCCAAUACACCUUCAGCUAUUUAUUAUGUCUGUGCAUGUGUGCGAGCGUGUUUGUACUGCGUGGGGGUGGGGAUACAGCACAUUAAGAGUAUUUGUUUUUCAGCAGAUGACAACACGCUUGUGCCUUUUCAGAGAGCUGCUGUGUGGAGCUGUACUGUGCUUUUAAGCCACCUGAUAUGAACUACCACCAGUCAUAUUGACUAGGGCAGUAUUCUGGAGUUUUGGACCAAAUAUGUUUGCACAUAUUGUUAGGCUACUGCUUGAAUGUAAAGCUACUAUGUUCAGCUUAGCGAGAUGUCGGUAUUGUAUUGGAUAACUGAUGAAUUGUCAAAAUAAGGGGCAUACCAACUUAGGCUAAAUAUUGCACUUUGAAAAUGAUAGAACUUGUUAGCCAGCAUCAUUCUGGUGCAAUUGAAUUACAGUGCCGUGCGAAAGUAUUUGGCCCCCUUGAACUUUGCGACCUUUAGCCACAUUUCAGGCUUCAAACAUAAAGAUAUAAAACUAUUUUUUUUGUGAAGAAUCAACAACAAGUGGGACACAAUCAUGAAGUGGAACGACAUUUAUUGGAUAUUUCAAACUUAAAAAAAAAAAAAAAAACUGAAAAAUUGGGCGUGCAAAAUUAUUCAGCCCCUUUACUUUCAGUGCAGCAAACUCUCUCCAGAAGUUCCGUGAGGAUCUCUGAAUGAUCCAAUGUUGACCUAAAUGACUAAUGAUGAUAAAUACAAUCCACCUGUGUGUAAUCAAGUCUCCAUAUAAAUGCACCUGCACUGUGAUAGUCUCAGAGGCCCGUUAAAAGCGCAGAGAGCAUCAUGAAGAACAAGGAACACACCAGGCAGGUCCGAGAUACUGUUGUGAAGAAGUUUAAAGCCGUAUUUGGAUACAAAAAUAUUUCCCAAGCUUUAAACAUCCCAAGGAGCACUGUGCAAGCGAUAAUAUUGAAAUGGAAGGAGUAUCAGACCACUGCAAAUCUACCAAGACCUGGCCGUCCCUCUAACCUUUCAGCUCAUACAAGGAGAAGACUGAUCAGAGAUGCAGCCAAGAGGCCCAUGAUCACUCUGGAUGAACUGCAGAGAUCUACAGCUGAGGUGGGACACUCUGUCCAUAGGACAACAAUCAGUCGUAUAUUGCACAAAUCUGGCCUUUAUGGAAGAGUGGGAAGAAGAAAGCCAUUUCUUAAAGAUAUCCAUAAAAAGUGUCGUUUAAAGUUUGCCACAAGCCACCUGGGAGACACACCAAACAUGUGGAAGAAGGUGCUCUGGUCAGAUGAAACCAAAAUUGAACUUUUUGGCAACAAUGCAAAACAUUAUGUUUGGUGUAAAAGCAACACACCAUCCCCACUGUCAAACAUGGUGGUGGCAGCAUCAUGGUUUGGGCCUGCUUUUCUUCAGCAGGAACAGGGAAGAUGGUUAAAAUUGAUGGGAAGAUGGAUGGAGCCAAAUACAGGACCAUUCUGGAAGAAAACCUGAGACUGGGACGGAGAUUUGUCUUCCAACAAGACAAUGAUCCAAAACAUAAAGCAAAAUCUACAAUGGAAUGGUUCAAAAAUAAACAUAUCCAGGUGUUAGAAUGGCCAAGUCAAAGUCCAGACCUGAAUCCAAUCGAGAAUCUGUGGAAAGAACUGAAAACUGCUGUUCACAUAUGCUCUCCAUCCAUCUCUCACUGAGCUCGAGCUGUUUUGCAAGGAGGAAUGGGAAAAAAUGUGUCUCUCGAUGUGCAAAACUGAUAGACAUACCCCAAGCGACUUACAGCUGUAAUCGCAGCAAAAGGUGGCGCUACAAAGUAUUAACUUAAGGGGGCUGAAUAAUUUUGCACGCCCAAUUUUUCAGUUUUUUAAUUUGUUAAAAAAGUUUGAAAUAUCCAAUAAAUGUCAUUCCACUUCAUGAUUGUGUCCCACUUGUUGAUUCUUCACAAAAAAAAUAGUUUUAUAUCUUUAUGUUUGAAGCCUGAAAUGUGGCAAAAGGUUGCAAAGUUCAAGGGGGCCGAAUACUUUCGCAAGGCACUGUAUAAGAAUCACAGAGUACACGGUCUGACAUUUGGUACUUCAGCAGACACUCUGGAUAAGAGUGAUUUACAGGAGCAAUUAGGAUUAAGCACCUUACUCAAGGACAUGUCGACAAUUUUCACCUUGUCGGCUCGGGGAUUCAAACCAGCGCCCUUUGGUUACUGGCCCAACGCUCUUAACCACUAAGCUACCUGUAUAUAGAAGUACUUAUUGUAAGUGCCAUAAAAAGACCCAAGGCUUUUGGUGGUGCGUGUUACCGUGUGCCUCAAGACCGUUGGUUGUAGAGUAAUGGCUGGUUAGAGCCCCUGGCAUUGGAGAGCAAACAUGUUGGUUGAUAAUUUACUACUAUUAGUCCAUUCUAAUUAUCUCAUGUAGGGAAUGUACAUUCCAAAAUACCAGUCUACUUAGGGCUGAUGCAGCGGACAACUAAAUACUGUAUGCAUUCCUUGUUGAACAUGCCUCAGAUAAUGUACUGAUUGCAGUUCUCUGUAGAUAUAUGCUAUAGGAAUUUCUGAGUACGUAAUUUAAGAUUUUUGUACUGCACGUUUAGCUUAUUCUUCAAAGCACCCCUGUCAUAUGGCCCCAUUAGAUAUCUGCUUGUGCUACAUGCUGCUUUUCAACAAAAUUUCCCUAAAUACCAUUAUUGAAUUUGUUGUGAAAUCCAGUCACAGACAUUGAAAUAAGGGAAAAUAUCAACAUUCA